AUGGCCACCCGCACUGAGCUCGUUGCCCCUGCUUCCUCUAGCUCCGGACCUGCUGGCGUACGCCGACGCUCCUCGUCCCACUCUACCCAGAGGAAGCCGUGGCAACACUCACGCCGGCCUUCGUUCCACUCGAAUCACUCUCGUCCCGAUCCCGAGGAGAUCCAGCGUCUCUCCUACCACGUCUCGCGCCAGACGACGAGAUCUUCGCAUCGACACGAGCCGAAAUGGUACAAGAUCCGUUGGUUCAAGGGAAUGGUCGACGACGUCAAGAGGAGGGCGCCGUACUACUGGAGCGAUUGGAAAGAUGCAUGGGAUUAUAGAGUCGUCCCUGCCACGGUGUAUAUGUAUUUUGCAAAUAUCCUCCCAGCGCUAGCCUUUUCGCUCGACAUGUUCACCAAAACCCACAAUUCAUACGGCGUCAACGAAGUGCUGCUGUCCUCCGUCUUGGGCUGUGUGGUAUUUUCUGUGUUUGCCGCUCAACCCUUGGUCAUUGUCGGCGUCACUGGUCCCAUCACCGUGUUUUCCUACACUGUCUACGACAUUGUGGUCCCGCGAGGCACCAACUUCUUCUCCUUUAUGACCUGGAUCGGCAUUUGGUCACUCGCCAUGCAUUGGCUUCUGGCCAUCGCCAACAGCUGUAACGCCUUGACCUAUGUCACUCGUUUCAGCUGUGACACGUUUGGCUUCUACGUCGCCUUCAUUUACCUGCAGAAGGGGAUACAGGUCUUGACGAGACAAUGGGGCCUGGCCGGCGCCGAGAGUGCAUAUCUCUCCAUCAUGGUCAGUCUCCUCGUGCUGGGCUUCGCCUACGGCUGUGGGAUCCUAGGGAACAGUAAUUUGCUCCAACGCCAUGUGAGAAAAUUGAUCGAGGAUUACGGUACUCCCCUGACCAUAGUCUUUUUUACGGGCUUCGUCCAUAUCGGGCACAUGAGGGACGUCCACCUCGAGACGUUGCCUACCAGCAAGGCUUUCUUCCCCACUGCAGACCGUGGUUGGUUUGUGCAUUUCUGGGAUAUCAGCGUCGGCGAUGUCUUCCUUGCUAUUCCAUUUGCCAUUCUUCUGACCAUCCUAUUCUGGUUUGACCAUAACGUUUCCUCGCUCAUUGCCCAAGGGACGGAGUUUCCGCUUCGCAAACCGCCGGGCUUUCACUGGGAUAUCUUCCUACUCGGGUUGACUACCGGGAUUGCGGGCUUGCUGGGGAUUCCCUUUCCCAACGGCCUUAUCCCACAAGCUCCGUUCCACACCAACUCGCUCUGCGUCACCAGACAAGUGGUGGACGAGAAAGCAAGAGGCCACAUUGUCCGCGUAACGGACCACGUGGUCGAACAGCGCGUCAGCAAUCUCGCGCAAGGCCUGCUCUUCGUCGUCACCAUGACCGGACCGCUCCUUGUGGUCCUGCACCUUAUUCCGCAGGGGGUUUUGGCCGGCCUGUUCUUCGUCAUGGGCGCCCAAGCUCUAGUGGGCAACGGCAUCACACAAAAAAUGCUGUUUCUGGCACGUGACAAGGAACUCACUGACGCCAGUGACCCUUUGGCACGGAUCGAUCGCCGACUGGCCAUUUGGGUCUUUGUGGCGCUGGAACUCAUCGGGUUCGGCGCGACGUUCGCCAUCUCCCAGACCAUUGCGGCCAUUGGGUUUCCCGUGAUCAUUCUGCUGCUGAUUCCUGUACGCACCUGGCUGAUGCCAAAAUGGUUCCGUGACGAGGAGCUCAGGGCCCUGGACGCGCCUACUGCCGGAGCGUUUGUCAUGGAGAGCGUUGGCGGCGCGUAUUACGGCGCGAGUGAAUCCGCGACGCCCAACUCCAGUCCGCCGGAUGAGAACGACGAGAUCGCAGUCGUUGACGAUACUUUGGAAAGAGGCGAGAGCUACGAGUUACAAAGCACACGCGCGAAUCCGAAGAUGGCCGAGAACGAGAACGAGAUCCACAAUGCGGCGUCUGCGCGGGGCAGCGAUCAAGCUCGAGGAAAUUCUCCGCAGGCAAGGCGGAUGAGCCACAGUGAAGUGCAAAGGCCAGGUGUGGGCAAGAGGAGGCGAAGUCGCAGCUCGCUUAACAGACGUGUGUGA